GGGGACAUUUACUUCAACUCGGAGACUGAUUUUGAAGAAUGGAAGUCCAUCGGAUCGGCGUCCUUCACUGUGGUGGCGAGGAACUACGGUGAAUUCCAUGAGGCUAAUGGAUCGACGCGGGUGACAGUGGUGAAUGGACCUCCAUAUGGAUUUUUUGAGGUGCCGUCAGACUUUGACCUCCAUGGUCGACCUAUUCCUCUACCUUUGACCAUUGAACCAUCGGGCACGUUAAGGGCCAUCUCAGGACAUGGAACGAAGUUCACGAUCCAACUAUGCCUCCCGGUGGGCAACACCACAAAUAGCUUUCUGCGUCUUCAAGGACCAUUCCAAAAAGGACGCUUGCUCAGGGGCAGUACCAUCCACGUCGCCGGAAUAACCUUUGCAGCCCCCAGCAUCGACCUUAGUGGCGGGGACUUGACAGUCGAAAGGAAGUCCGAGGUUAAAAUAAGACUGGACAGCACAUGUGCUGAGGUCAGACGAAUUGAAACUGGCCUCCCCAUUGGGCAGGAAGCUAUGCUAACAGGAAACGCGACAUCAAUUGACCAGACAAGCACGACUGUCUCUCUGACCUUUGAAGUUGGCGAUAACGUCUUUGCCCUUGUCCCACGCUCGCCACUCCAACUGACCUCGAUUACACUGGCAGUCGACGUCUUCAUACCCAACACUCCCGUCGAGUACCUGAAUUAUAGGGCUGGUGUGAGGAACCCGAUGACUCGGGACAGUGAGCACCUCGAAAAAAGACUUGAAAUUCAGCAAAUGACAAAGAGCUUUAAAAUGCCACCCGUUUUAAACGUGCAGGUUGAAGGGGCUGCGAAGCUGCCAAGCACAGAGUUGUUGGCUGCACGAGCUGUUGGGUCCGUCCAGCUAGGGGGAAUCGGAACUUUCUACAUUACAAUCACUCCAUUCGCCGGCACACUUAACAACUACGUACUGGAGUGCAAUGCUAAAGACGUCAGUUCAAAUCAAAUGCUGCCCAGUAGACUUAGGUUUCAUGAAUCGGCUGGUUUCAACCUCGCUUAUCCAAACGUCUACAACAACCGCGGCGAGUGUUCAGGGAAUAGGGUCAAUUUCGGCAAGGUGCUUAGUCCUGUUCCUCAACAAAGCGGUGACCUGCUCUUAGCCGAGUUCGUUGUUCUUGCCAUAACUGCAACAAACAGUCAAGGACGUGUGACUUGCCUGCUUCAAACAAGCACGGUUUCUUCAAAAAGUUUCACUGCAUUGUUUACUCCCCGCCGGACUACAGUUCUGUUGCUGCCCACUUUAUUAAACCCAUCAAGCUGGACUCUAAGGGUAACUGACGUGUUCACACGGACACCACUCAACAGACCACUUCUUCCGGGCGAGGUAGCUCUCAUUGAGUUUGAGUUCACCGUGCCACUGAACACGGCCGUGAAUGGAGAACCUUCAAUUGAGAUCAUGAGUGGCGGUGAUGCCACACUUGAUUCCCCGCACAUUCUCGCUGUCGGCGAAAGCGUCUAUUGGGGCGACAACUACCAAAAUUGCAUAACGGCUGAUGCCACCCAUCCAAGUCCAGUUAGUAAGUACACUUUCAAUAUGGGAACCCUCCUGGCCAAGGACGAAGACAACUCAAAGGUAAGUUCACUUUCACAUCCUAAAAGCACUGUAAUUUGGAAUACCCUCUUCACAAGCUUAGAAUCGUCUUAG